AAUUAAGGUUAGGAUAGCUCUCAUCUAUUUUUAAUUUUUAUGCUACCUAAAUAAUGAGUUGCCCACAUAUUAUAAAAGAUAUUCAUCAAUUUGUAACGGAUAAAUCAGAAUUGGAAAACCUGCCAGGCGAUUCGUUAAAUUACAGCGUCAAACAAUUAUUAAAGAAUUGUCUGGAUUAUUCUCUGAACACAGACUCACUAAUAGAUCCUUCCAAGCUUUUAGAAAUAGAAAGUAUCCUAGAUUUCCUCAAUGAUGAAUUAAACACAGGCCAUUGGAGUGAAGUACCGAUACACAUAAGACAGUAUUAUACUCUAAGUAGUUUUAUAAAAUGCGUAAUUAUUGUAAAGAACAAUCGUAAUUACAGCGAAGAUGUGAUUAGAAAAUGCUUGAAAUGCCUAGAUUUAGGCUUACUUUUGGGCGCUCCUUUACAAUAUAAUACCGAACUAUUAACGGAUUCCGCUAAAUACAUAAGAAAAUUACUAAACAAGUGUCGUUUGAAAAAUGAAGAAUAUUGUACAAAUAACGAGUCUAACGAUAAAGUAACAAAAAUUGAAGACUUCCAGAGCCUUCCUGGAAAAUAUAUAGAUCAAAUCGAAUGCCCAUCAUUGGAGUAUUUCAAUAAACAUUACUUUUUACCCCAAACACCUGUAAAACUUCAAGGAUGUUUACAACAUUGGCCGGCUUUGAAAAAAUGGCAGGACAUCAAUUAUUUACUAGAAAUAGCCGGGGAUCGUACAGUUCCCAUCGAAAUAGGAUCGCAUUACGUGGACGAGAAUUGGACACAAAAAUUGAUGACCCUGAAAGAAUUCAUCGAAAGGCACUACUUAAGCGACACAGGAGAUAUCGGUUACUUAGCACAACACAAUUUAUUCGAACAGAUAACCGAACUCAAAGAUGAUAUACGGAUUCCCGAUUACUGUUGUUUGAGUACAGAUUACGAACAUACAACAGAACCGGACAUAAACGCUUGGUUGGGACCUAAAGGAACGGUUUCGCCUUUGCACCAUGAUCCUAAAAAUAAUUUACUAACACAGGUGUACGGAACAAAACAAAUUAUACUAUUUUCGCCUGAAGAUACCCCAAAUCUGUACCCUCACGAUGAUAAAUUAUUGAAUAACACAGCCCAAGUAGAUCCUGUUAACCCGGAUCUGCAGAAGCAUCCGAAAUUUUCAAAUGCACAUAUUUACAAAUGCCUUUUAGAACCAGGCGAGAUGGUAUUUAUACCUGUAAAGUGGUGGCAUCAUGUUACAGCCAUCGAAAAGAGUUUUUCUGUAAGUUUCUGGUGGCAAUAAAUUUCUUCUAUUUUACAUAUCUUUUAUUUUUAAUAAGUUAAAAAAAACAAUAAUCGAACAGUUUCAAAAAACAAUGAGUGACUAACAAAAAUUAGUGCAUGAUUUAAAACUAGAAAUUUUAAAACAUACUUCUUAUUAUUAACUUCUCUUAAAUAAUGAUUAAUAAGAUCCCAUUACCUUGCUAUUACAUCACAAACCAUUUAUAAUUUAAAGCUAAAAAGUUUCCUUCAUGAAAAUACUCCUUAACCUGGCUAUGAUGUCACGUUAUUUGAGAGGCAAAUGUGUCAAAAUAUCUAAGAAAAGUGGAGAAAUCUUUAAUCUUACAGAGAAAUAAGGCAUUACUCAAAAGAAAAAAUUGCAAUAUUUCAGCUAAAGACAUCAUCACCAGGGUAGCUUGAACAUAUUAUAUAUAAUAUAAACCCUUUCUAAGAACAUACCUGUACAUGGGGAAAAACUGUCGUUUAUAGAGUAGAAUUAUUCAUCUUUUGCAGUCUCUGAAGAUAGAGUCAAUUUCUUCUGAAGUUUACUGUGCUCUUCAGCAAGACGAUCAUACUCUUUAGCAAGGUUGUCAGCUUGACUUUUGAUCGCAGACUUAUCUUUCUUCAUGAGUACCAGCUCCUCUUCUAGAGUGUCGAUUUUAUGCUUCAAGUUGCUGACCUACAUUAUCAUUAAAUAGAUAGAGAAUCAAAUAUUCCAUAGUCCAAACUCCAUUUUCUAAUACAUCAAUUACAAAUAAAAUUACCUCUUUAUCUUGAGCUUCGUUGACUUCGUUCUGCGCGAUUUCCCCCUUUUGAGCCAACAGGCUUUUCGCAGCAGUCGUGGCGCUCUGGGCCUGUCUCAUAGAAGCUUCGGAUUGGGCUUGUAGAGUGGCCUGUUCGCUGAUUAAAAUGACGAGUCUUCGAAUAACGAGCGACAAGAACAAAGCGAAGCCGGAGAUGUAGAAGUUACGUUGGGCUCUGAAGAGCCUCAUCGAGCCUUGCAUUUCGCGGUCCAAGUGAGCGUGACCGCCGUGUUCCUCGUUUUCUGUAAAUUAUAUGGUAACUAGAAGUGUUACGGAGGAAUAUUCGAGAACUUACCGAUGUAAUACGAGUACUUCCUCAUCUCCCUAAUUGCGUCUAAAAGGAAUAGUACCAGAAUACCCAAGAGCAUUAGGAAAUAAAAGCCCGCUUGUCUUUGCAGCCCCUGCAGAAACUUCGAUUUGAAGAACGAGUUCCAUCUUUUCGGCGAUGCCACUGGAAGUACCAAAAGAAGUACUACCCCGAUUUCCAGGUAGAGGAAACCGGCUAUAAUCGUCCACUGGAGACUCAUUCUAACUGCUCGAAAUGAGGUUAACACUGACUAAAACGGUUGAGGAUGGUCGAUUGGUUCUAUUUAAAGGUCUGCAACGAAAAUAUGAUGUGGCUUUAAUCUAUUUUUG